AUGGGAUUCCAAGUAGAAUUACCGAAGCGCAAUGUACGCAAACUUGCUUCCGAGGUCGGCCUUUCCAUAGAGGUACCGCCUCAUGAAGAUCGCACUUUUAAAGACGUGGACCUAGAUGACCCUUAUGCCAACACGGCCGAUAUCCUUAAAGACGAGUUAAGACCUGCAGAGGAUAAAGGCUUCUCAGGCCUUUCCCAGACUAAUUUCGAUCUGAACUUUGCGCCGGAACAUAUCGGACUUGAGGGGUACGAUGAUCCCGGGAUGCCUCGUGACCCGGCAAGGAAGACAGAUGAACGCGUAAUUAACCCAUUUAGCACAGAUGAAUGUCUCAACCCUUGGUCCGUUAACACUUCAACAACUGAUAUAACCCCUCCAACUGCCUUCCCUCCUUCAGCCACCGAUAAUCUGCCGCCGCCCAAAAGUGUCCGGGAAAUGCUCUACUGGUUUGUGGGCUUGAAUACACAAGGGUAUGUUGGAUUGAUUACAGAUUAUAUCUAUAGCAUUUUGAAGGAUGCUAACAAAAAUGUCUCCAAGCUCUCAGAUGUUAUCGAAGUCACCGGGGAUCUCUCGACGUUGGACGCCUCCAUGGUCACUGCCAAACUGACAGAGGCAUGUCUCUACUCAGCCACCGUUAUCUACACGAUAAAGCAUCGUGAUAAUUAUGCAAGCUAUAAAGAUUUCAAGUUCGAAUCAGAAUACCGUACGUUUCGUUAUUCCCCUGACCCCUCCUGUCUCCUCUGCCAGCUGCGUGACUACGUGUACGCCUGCCACCACCAGUUGGAGUUUCUGAAGGCGCAGUGUAGUCGGGCUAAACUGAGUGGUGGUUGGCGGGAUUGCCACUACGGCAGUGACAUCACUGCUUCCGAGUACCCCCUCCAGGCGUUCCUGACUGACGGCUGGGACUCGGACUUCGAGACGCACCUCUUCGACCCGUGCAAUCUGUGCCACAAGAGCAGGGUCAGGAUGGAAUUUAAGAAAGUGGAUUUGCCUAUGAUAUCGCAACAGGGCAGUGUCAUUUCAACCAUCCUCACUCACUCCCAGCUGCGGCGGUGA